AUGCGACGUACAAUAUCCAUUACCUUGGGACAAUGGACGAAAGGUUCUCCAGCGCGCUGCACUGCUAUACAGAGCCUUGCGCGAGGAGUUGAGACUGCCAAAACCCCUGAUACACGUGGGUCAGAGCGGGACCACGCGCCGAAGCUCCCACCUAUUCUAUACCUCGUAUGUCUGUUCAUGGGGACAGCCACUUCCGCUGCUUGGAUAUCAAGUACCAAGGAUGGGUUAUUGUUGAAUUUUCGUCCACAAUUUGACUUCUCUGUGACGGUUGUGCUUUCUGUUGAUCUUCGCAACAUUGGCUGGGCCUGGCUGGGCCGCAGGCCAAGAAGAUCCUCGUACGCCGAGUCAGCUCAAGUCAUGAGAAGUGUCUUAUUUGUGGGCCUCUCUUCAGUUCGAACAUGA